AUGAACAAGGACUCGUCCUUCACGUACGUGCACAUGCACCGCGCGGCCGACGCGGAGCUCUUCGAGGACUUUUGCAAGGACAAGCUGCCCGAGGACGACAUCUACGUGCCGCCGCAGCACCAGCCCAUCAACCCCGAGGACGAGGACGACGUGGUGCCCGACCAGCACGCCGCGUUUGGCAUCCAGCGCGCCACCCAGAAGACGAGGGAGCCCGCCUGGAAGGACCUCGGCCUCGCGGACCUGAUGAACAAGGGGCCCGGGCCCGGUUCCGCGGCGGGCAAGGCGGCGGCCGCGACGACGUCAGGGAGCAAGGGCAAAGGGCUGCCGCGGUGA